GUCAGUGACCAAAUCCCGAUGACGACCCAAACGCAAGGUUCCCCCCUCUAGUGCUAACUGGACUACACCCCCGUCUCCUCGUCUGGUUCGUUCUCGACCAGCAACUUCAACUUGUAGUUACUGUCCCAUCCCAUGCAACGCCAUCCCUCCCCCCACUACGUAGAUACAGUGUAUAUAUACUAAACAGACGGGCCCAUUUGUUUUAUAAAGAAGGAAGCAAGCAACAGUCGCGCACACAAGACACUGCACUGCUUGAAGCGCGAGAAUGGAUCCAGAAGCAUUUGCGGUUGUGGGGUUGCGAACCAUGGGGGGACUGGAGGAGCUGUUCGAGGCGUAUGGGAUACGGUACCUCACGGCCUCCAGGAUAGCGGAAAUGGGUUUUACGGCCAACACCCUUCUCGACAUGAAGGAGGAGGAGCUCGACGACAUGAUGAACUCCCUCUCCCACAUCUUCCGCUGGGACCUCCUCGUCGGCGAGCGAUACGGCAUCAAAGCCGCCAUCCGCGCCGAGCGCAGGCGCCUCCUCGAAGCCGACGACCGCCGCCACCACCUCCACUCCACCGAUCAUGCCCUCCUCGAUGCUCUCUCCCACCAAGGGCUGUCGGAGGAACAAGUGGUGCAGCACGCAGAGAAGGAUCAGGUGGGCGGGGCGGGAAGCGCGGACACGGCAGGGACGACGUGGGGCGUGCAACAACAGAGGAAGAAGCACCGUCAUCGUCACCGCAUAGCCGCGAGGGAAGGAGCGGCCACGGAAGAGGAGGAGGAAGAGGAGGAGAUAAGGAGGCAGAGGGAGCACCCCUUUAUAGUGACGGAGCCCGGGGAGGUGGCGCGUGGGAAGAAGAACGGCCUGGACUACCUCUUUCAUCUCUACGACCAGUGCCGCGACUUCCUCCUCCAAGUCCAAUCCCUGGCCAAGGAGCGGGGCGAAAAAUGCCCCACCAAGGUGACGAACCAGGUGUUCAGGUACGCGAAGAAGGCGGGAGCAAGCUAUAUAAACAAGCCGAAGAUGAGGCACUACGUCCACUGCUACGCCCUGCACUGCCUGGACGAGCACGCCUCCAACGCCCUCCGCAAGAGCUUCAAGGAGCGCGGGGAGAACGUCGGCGCCUGGAGGCAAGCCUGCUACCACCCCCUGGUCACCAUCGCCGGCCGCAGGGCCGGCUGGGACAUCGACGCCAUAUUCAAUGCCCACCCCCGCCUCUGCAUUUGGUACGUCCCCACCAAGCUCCGCCAGCUCUGCCAUGCUCACCGCCACUCCUCCGCCUCUGCGGCUUCCUCUGCUUCCACCUCCACCUCUGCCCCUAACGCUCACCAUCUUGACCUCCCUUACUAGUUCGUGCCUAUUCCUCAUUGUCUCUCGUGUUUUAGUAUUAUGUCAGCGCAUGAUCACGAGGGAGAUGAGAGUACUGUGCUGUGGUCUAUUUCUACUGCAAUGAGAGUCUAUUAAUUGAAUUUCACCGUGUAGCUGAGCUGAGCUGACUAUCAUGUUCUCUUCACUGAGUUUCUGUUCCUAAAUCCAGUCGUUCCAUUUCGCUUCU